AUGUAUACAGUCAGUGGUAGUCUGAAAUGCGAAAAAACAUCAAGUAAUAGACAAUCAUUUAUUGAUUUAUCUCAACUUGGGUUAGAAUUUAUUCCGGUUGAUGAAAAUCUUCUUCUUUUAGUUGAUAUCAAUGCUGAUUCAAUUAUGAUUUGUUCAAAAAUAUGUUUUUCAAAUAUAUAUUGUCGAACAUUUAAUUUUAAUAUUCAAUCAAAACGUUGUCGUCUUUAUGAAGGUGAUAUAGAGAAUACAGGAUCAAUUAUUAAUUCUCAAUCAAUUCAAUCAGUUGUUGGAACAAUUAAAUUAACUAUAGAUGAUUUUAUUGAUUAUGGACGUCCUUGUAGUUUUUGUGAGAAUAAACCAUAUUUAAUAUGUAUGAAUUUUACGUGCCAAUGUCAAUCUCAUUCAUUUUUCAAUGGAUCAAUAUGUCAGAGUCAAAAAUUUAUUGGAGGUUUAUGUACUAAUGAUAUACAAUGCCGAAAUGAUAUUAAUCUCACAUGUCUUUCAACUAUGCAAUGUGGAUUCAAUCUCACCACAGAUGAUGCAUAUGCAAAUCUUACUAGUGCGACUAUUUUGGCUACUACGACGCAUAUUAAUAGUACUAUCUCCAUUUCUCCUGAUACUAACAAGACUAGCACUAUUAGUAAUUCAGAUGUAAUCGGUCUAACAAGUAAUUCAACUACCAGUAUUUCGACUACUACUAUAGUCAAUACUAUUUCAACAAUUGUGUCAACUAUUACGACAACAAUAUCUUCUGAUGCUAUUAAUAAUACAACAGCUAUAUUAACUACUAGUAUAACUGCAACCAGUAGCAGCACUUCAAUGAUAACUUCAGACAUCGGUGAUACUGUAACAGCAACUUCAAAUACUGAUAGUACGGCAACUACUUCUACGAGUACUGACAUUCUUUCACCAAUCACAUCAGGCGCCAAUGGUAUCUCGACAAUUACUACAAAUGCCGAGGGCACUUCAACAAUAAUUUCAAGUACUGAUAGUACUACAAUAACUACUACAAGUACUGAUACUACCACAACAAUUACUACAAGUACCGAUAGCACGUCAACAACUACUACAAGCACUGACAGUACUACAACAACUACUACUAGUACUGAUACUACCAUAACAAUUACUACACGUACCGAUAGCACGUCAACAACUACUUCAAGUACUGACAGUACUACAACAACUACUACAAGUACCGAUAGUACUACAACAAGUACUGAUACUACUACAACAACUACUUCAAGCAC